AUGGAUGGGAUUUUCCAGCCUGGGGAAAUUAUUGUGGGAGCUUUGUUACCUCUUCAUAUUGACAGAGUAUAUUACCCUGUUUCCUUCAGAGAAAGACCUCCUCGCAUCAACUGUACAAUAUUCCACUCAGAGAACUUUCAGCAGCUCCAGGCCCUGAUAUUUGCUGUGGAUGAGAUUAACAGCAACCCCUACAUUCUCCAGAAUAUUACUCUGGGGUUUCAAGUGUUUGAUUCAUGUAACGUUUUACAGAAAGACUUGCAAGGAACUUUACAAGCUUUAACGGGAUACAGUUGGCCCAUUCCCAAUUACAGGUGUCUAGAUAGUACUCUUACUGCAGUCAUCGGGCCCUAUGUUUCUACACCGUCAGUAAUGUUGGCUCAUUUAUUGGGACUGUUAAGAUACCCUCAGGUCAGCCAUUCCUCAACCACCUCUCUCCUGAGCAAUAGGAAAAUAUUCCCCUCUUUUUUCAGGACAGUUCCAAGUGAUGCGUUUCAGUCAAAAGGAAUAGCAAAGCUGGUUCUGUUUUUUGGUUGGACCUGGGUGGGUUUAUUGGCUUUAGACAACGACUAUGGUCAGGUUGGAAUUCAGUUGGUAAAACAACAAAUUACUAAAGCUGGAGCAUGUGUGGCCUUCAGUGAAACUAUUGUUAUGAGUCAGCCAGACCGUAAUGCUAAACAUAUAGUUAAGGUCAUUAAGGAGUCAACAGCCACUACCAUAAUUGUCUUCUCCCUUCCUAUUGAUUUGGUUCCUAUUCUGGAAGAGAUGUUAAGACAGAACCUCUACAAUAAAAUGUUGGUUGGUUGUCAUGGAUGGACAGCUUCCAGUUUAUUUUCUGAUGGCAGAUAUUCAAAGAUUGUCUCUGGCACUAUUGGUUUGGCCUUCAGCAGCGGGACAAUUCAAGGGUUUAGAGAAUUUCUCAACAAAGCCAAUCCUUUUAAGGGCAUAGCAAAACACUGGCUCAAGAUACUUUGGGAGGAAACUUUCUCCUGUCAGUUCCUGGAUACCACAAACGUCACAGAUCCACAGGAAGUGCCUACAAAAGAGUGCACAGGAGAAGAAAGUCUAGAAAAUAUCAGUAAUAACUACAAUGAUGUUUUAAGUUUAAGAAGAACAUACAAUAUAUAUACUGCUACAUAUAUUGUGGCCAAAGCUUUGGAAGACCUGAAAAGCUGCAACAAUGGAGAUGACAUCUUCUUGGAUAAAAAAUGUUUGAAUAUUUUGCAGUUUAAACCUUGGCAGGAGGAGUUGGUCAAGUGGUUAAGUGCUCAGUCUUUGCUGUGGUAUCUCAUGCUAGACACCCUGCUUUUAAAGUACAUAAAGAAAGUGAGGAUCAUUUUGAACAGUGGUAGGGAGCUUUUCUUUGAUGAAAAUGGAGAUAUUCCUGCAAUCUAUGACAUUGUGAAUCGGAAGCUGAGUCCAGAUGGCACCAUAAAGCAAGUUAAGGUUGGCAGCUACGACUCUACAGCAUUUUUUGACCAGGUCCUCACUAUUAACACAAGUGCCAUCUUUUGGGACACAGAAGACCAACAGUUUCUUUUAUGCUUGACAUGGUUGCUCAGAGCACCUCCUUUUACAGAAUACAACAUUCAACUUAAACCUGAACUCAUCAUUGUUCAAUGUUUUAUGCCGACUGGUAAUUCAAUGGAUCCUUUACACACAGUAGUGUUACGCCUUAUUCUGUUGGAACUUAUUCUGGCUUUGUACAUCGAUGAACAAGUUUGUCAUCUCCAAGUCUCAGAGAUAAAGGGAAUUAUACAGCCUGGGGAUGUGAUGUUGGGGGGAUUGUUCACACUUCAUAUAGACAAAGUGUAUCAGCAAGUGUCAUUUACUGAGAAACCUCCCGGAAUCAACUGUACAACAUUUCACUUUGAGACUUUCCAGCAGCUCCAGGCUAUGAUAUUUGCUGUGAAUGAGAUCAACAGAAACCCCGAUAUUCUUCCCAACACCACCCUGGGAUUUCAAAUGUAUGAUUCCUGUGAGGUAUUACAGAAGGAGUUGGAAGGAACUCUACAGAUUUUGUCUGGAAUCAAUUGGCCCAUACCCAAUUACAGGUGUCUAGAAGUUACCCCUCUGGCUGCUGUUAUAGGUGCUUCUAGUUCAACCCAUUCAAUUCUAGUGGCUCAUGUGCUGGGCUUGUAUAGAUAUCCUCAGGUCAGCUAUUUCUCAACCAGCCCUCUCCUCAGCAACCAUAGAAUAUUCCCAUCCUUCUUUAGGACUGUCCCCAGUGAUGCCUUUCAGUCACAAGGGCUGGCAAAGUUGGUGCUGCAUUUUGGAUGGACCUGGGUAGGAUUAUUGGCAACAGACAAUGACUAUGGUCAGCAAGGAAUUCAGUUGAUAAACCAAGAAAUAAUCAAGGCUGGAGCAUGUGUAGCCUUCACAGAGUCCAUACAUACAAGUCAACCUGACCAAAAUGCUCAUCAUAUUGUUAGAGUCAUGAAAGAGUCAACAGCCACAGCUAUAGUUGUCUUCUCUCCUACUAUUAAUUUGGUUCCUAUUCUAGAAGAAAUGUUUAUACAGAAUGUUACCAAGAAGGUUUUGAUUGCCAGUGAAGCAUGGUCCACUUCCACUUUGUUUUCUGAUGGAAAGUUUUCAGAAAUUCUUUCAGGAACCAUUGGCUUGGCCUUACAUAGUGGCAGGAUUCCAGGUUUUGGAGAGUUUAUUGACAAACUUCACCCUUCUGUGUCAUUAGGGCAAUAUUGGGUAAGACUUCUCUGGGAGAAAUCUUUCAAUUGCAAGUUCCAGGAUGAGAAAAACCUCACAGAUGUAUCAGCAGAUUCCAUCAAACUGUGCACCGGUGAAGAAAUUCUAGGAAAUAUUCAAAAUAGCUUUACUGACAUUUCUAGUUUAAGAGUCACUUACAAUGUCUACACUGCUGUGCAUGCUGUGGCCAGGGCCUUAGAAGAUUUAAAAAACUGUAAAGCAGAACAAAGUCCAUUCUCCAACCAGAUAUGCCCCAGUAUAUCCAAUUUCACACCAUGGCAGCUUUUGCAGUAUAUGGGAAAGGUGAAGGUUCCACUGAGCAGUGGAAGCGAGCUUACAUUUGAUGAAAAUGGUGAUCCACCAGCAGUCUAUGAUAUUGUAAAUUGGAAGCUAAAGCCAGAUGGCACUAUAAAACAAGUCAAUAUAGGCAGCUAUGAUGUCACUGCAUCUUUUGGUCAAGUAUUCUCUAUUAACAUAAGCGCCAUCUCUUGGACUGGAGGCCAGCAGGUUCCUCUCUCGGUCUGUAGCCAGAGCUGUUCUUCAGGUUUCAGAAAGGCAAAUGUAAAAGGAAAGCCAACCUGCUGCUUCCAGUGUAUUCCUUGCCCUCAAGGAGAGAUCUCCAAUCAUACAGAUUCUGUUGAUUGUGCUAAGUGUUCAUGGGAUGAAUGGCCAAACUUACAGAAGUCUAAAUGCCUCCAAAAGAACAUAGAAUAUCUCUCUUAUGAAGAUCCUUUAGGGGCAGCUCUAGCAGCUACAGGCGUUGCAUCGUUUUGGGUUCCUGUUCUUAUUUUGAAAAUCUACAUACAAUAUAAAACAACCCCUAUAGUGAAAGCCAACAAUUAUUCUUUAUGUUGUCUUCUUCUGCUUUGUCUGUCCCUUUGCUUCCUCUGCUCUUUGGCUUUCAUUGGUUAUCCUCACCCAGGCAAAUGUCUGUUGCGCCAAGCUGCAUUCGGCUUGAUCUUUACUCUUUGUGUCACUUGUAUUCUUGCCAAAACCAUUAUGGUGGUUUUUGCUUUCAUGGCCACCAAACCUGGUAGCAAACUGAGGAAAUGGACCAGUCCUUUGGUGUCUUAUAUAAUAAUUGCUAUUGGAUUUGGAUUACAAUUUAUCUUAUGUAUGUCAUGGUUAUUAAAGGCACCUCCUUUUCCAGAGUAUAAUAUUCAAACCAAACCUGGAAUUAUUAUCAUUGAAUGUAACAAUGGCUCUGCCACAGCUUUCUGGUGUAUGUUAGGAUAUCUUGGUCUUUUGGCCACUGUAAGUUUUAUUGUUGCUUUUAUUGCCAGGAGGCUCCCUGACACAUUUAAUGAGGCCAAAUUCAUCACCUUUAGCAUGCUGGCCUUUCUCAUUGUCUGGGUGUCCUUCAUUCCAGCAUCUCUCAGUUCACAAGGCAAAUAUACAGAGGCAAUGGAGAUCUUUGCCAUUCUAUCUUCAACUUGGGCCUUAGUAGUGUGUCUCUUCCUUCCCAAAUGUUUUAUUAUAUUGUUCAGACCCAACAUGAAUUCCAGGAAAGAACUCAUGAAGAAAACCAGUGCUCCGUUGUAG